UUGCGAAACAAUUUUCUUGUAAUAGAAUUCAAUAUUACAACUGUAAUCCAACCUCGCCCAUUUUUAAUGGACACUGUGGUAGCGAAGUUACGUUUUACUUAGCGUCAGAUUUUACGAGGGACACGGAGCUAAUUCGAUUUCAAAAUUAUACUGUCUCUCCUAUACGACCUUCUUAUGUGUCCAUACUCUUCGUAAUAGCUCGUGUGAAUGAUUCAUCGAUUUUACUUUCUGCAAUUAUCCUAAACGGAAUGUAUAACGACCCAGCAAUCAUGCUCCCACGCUCGCGAGGCACGUCGGCGUUUUGUAUGAAAAAUUGUAAGAUUAGUCGUCGAACAGAAGCAACCGUAGAAGCUUUAAAAUGGAUGGCAUGGAGAGGAGACAGUAUGGCUAUUUGCGAAUCAAUAAGUACUUUUUGUUCACCAUUGGCCAGUGGCCUUAUCAGUCUGUGCGGGAUAAGGUUUUCGUCGGUUUAAUUUUUCUACCAAUCGCUUCUACAUUGCUGGUUCUUCAGAGUGGAGGAAUGGUGGCAGCUUUUUUUGCAGGUGACGUCGAUUCGUUUAUGGAGAGUUUUGCCCCCGUCGUAAUCAGCAGUAUGUGCACUGCUAAAUACAUAAAUUUUAUUUUUAACGGGUAUCAGAUGAGAAAUCUUCUGAACAUGAUGCGAGACGAUUGGAAGACGUAUUCGGAAUCGACUAGUGAUUUCAAAAUUCUCUCCCGACAUUAUGCAACAGGAAAGAGGAUUACCUUUAACUAUGCAGUUUUUCUAUACGGAUCAAUGACACCCUUCAUGAUGAUGCCGUCGCUACAGAAUGCAGCCAACGCCUUAGGAUACUAUAAUCUGACUGACGGACGGCCACUGAUGUUUCGAGUCGAGCAUUUUGUGGAUACCGAUAAAUACUACUAUCCCUUGUUGAUACACUCGUAUUUUGGCUCCGUGGCGUUCAUCAUGAUAGCAGUGGCCUGCGAUUCGAUGACAGUACUUUACGUUCAGCACGAGUGCGGGCUUUGUGAGAUUUUAGGAGAAAAAUUGCGAAAAUUCGCGGAGUCUGACAAUACAAACAUAGAGUUGCAUUCUGACGAACGCAAAGACAGAGCGUAUCAAAAUCUCAGAACCUGCAUAAUACUACAUAAACAUAUAAUUGAAUUUGCUAAAACAAUCGAGGAUGCGAACACAGUGUCCUUUUUCUUCCAAUUAGGAUUCAAUUUGAUGGGUGUAAGCUUCACUCAAUUUCAGGCAAUAGCGAAUCUGGACACUCCGAACAAAUCUCUCCGAUUUGCAUCGUUCACGUCGUGCCUGUUAAGUAUCCUUUUGCUCGAUAACUGGCGAGGUCAACGAAUUUUGGACUCCACCGAUCGCAUAUUCGAUUACACGACCAGUGGCAAAUGGUAUCAGUCGUCUACGGAUUGCAGGAAACUCAUAAGUAUUAUGCUGUCCAGAAGUGUACGGCCUAUUAAAAUAACAGCUGGCAAAAUUUACACUUUACAUUUAGAGAGUUUCACGUCGGGUGGAGGAAUGUUUGGUGGGUUGCACGUAGGCGACAUCGACGUGUUCAUGGAGGGUUUUGCUCCUUUCAUCAUAAGCUGGAUGUGUAUCGCCAAAUUUGUCAAUUUCAUUUUCAACGGCAAACAGAUGAGGAAUCUUUUGAACAUAAUGCGAGACGAUUGGAGGAUAUAUUCAGUAGCAAGCAACGAGCUCGACAUUCUCGAACGACAUUAUGCAGUAGGAAAGAGAAUUACCUUCAAUUAUGCAGCCUCUCUAUUUGGAUCAAUGACACCCUUCAUGAUGGUACCAUCGCUGUUGAACGUAGCCGACGCAUUGGGAUUCUACAAUCUAUCCGGCGAACGGCCCCUAAUGUUUCGCGUCGAAUAUUUCGUGGAUGCGGAGACGUAUUACUAUCCCGUGCUGAUACACUCGUACUUUGGCACCGUGGCGUUCAUCACGAUCGUCGUCGCUUGCGAUUCGAUGAUAGUACUUUACGUGCAACACGAGUGCGGACUAUGCGAGAUUCUGGGGGAUCGACUACGAAACAUCGUGGAAGAUAAAGGCAUAAGAGAUAUAGAGUUGUAUCCUGACAAGCGCGAAGACACACCGUACCAGAAUGUCAGAACCUGCUCAAUGCUGCACAAACACAUAAUCGAAUUUGGUAGAUCUAUUGAAGAUGCAAAUACGGUGUCCCUCUUCUUCCAAUUAGGAUUCAAUUUGGUCGGUGUGAGCUUCACUCAAUUCCAGGCGGCAGUGAAUUUGGACACACCAAAUAAAUCUCUCAGGUAUGCUUCGUUUACGAUGUGCUUGUUAAGUAUCCUUUUGCUCGAUAGUUGGCGAGGGCAACAAUUAAUGGACUCCACUGAUCGCAUCUUUGAAUAUACGACAAGCGGCAAAUGGUACCAGUCGUCUAUCAAUUCCAGAAAACUACUGCACGUAAUGUUGGCAAAAAGUGUAACACCUAUUAAAGUAACAGCUGGCAAACUGUACACCUUAAACUUAGAAAACUUCACGUCGGUCCUACGAACAUCAUUUUCUUACUGCAUGGUUCUGUGUUCCUUUCAAUGAUUAUCAAUCAUUAAUUACAACAAUUAAUAUCUGUCGAUGAAGGGCGACAUGCGAUGAACGAAGGAAACGUGACGAUAUAAAUGGCAUGCAUUAUAAAAUCGAAUGAACAUUAAUCUACUUGAAAUAAAAAUAGAGUUAUUCUCAUAAAUUCUAUCGUUUAUAUAUUUUUUUAUCUCUAGCAUAUCAAGAUUCUCACUAGAAAGUGCGAGCCAUCAAGCCAUCUCGGCGUAAUCGAGUAACAUAUAUUUAAAAAAAAAAAAGAAAAAAAAAAGACAACAUGUCGAGUCGAGUAACCUCCUCCUUUUCGAAGUCGGUUAAAAAAUCGAUCGUCUUUUUCAUCUUUUAUCUUCGGAGUUCUUGUUUUAAAAACACGUGAAAUCUGUAAAUCCGAUUGACAAUUAUAAUUGCUUCGCUGAUGUAUUACCUAGCCCUCCCUCUCAUCUCCAUCGAUCGUUUCGAAAACUGACAAAUAAAUUUGAUCGUUACAAAUGGAGACAAACGCAAUUAAUAACCAGGGAAUCUUUCGUCUCGCGCGAGCCUACGUUGAAAUUCAUGUUAGCGUUCGGGGAGGAGAGGUUAAAAGUGGUUCCUGAUGAAUAACGUCAACCAGUGUGACGAGCGUUAACAAGUUAUUAUCGACUUUCGAAUGACUUCUUCGAUAGGUACGCGAACGAAAAAUCAAUUAGUCCCAGGUGGGAUGUGGGGCACGUGCCCCGUGUGUGAUAGAUCGUUGUUCCUGGUUUCGGUGUCCACAAUCUAUUUCUCGUGAAAAGGAAUCGAACUCCCGGGAACCAUAUGGUGUGGCAGAGGCGCAUGACGCGAUUCGGUGAACGUGGAACACCGAAUUCGUACCUUUCGUUCAUUAAGUGCAGUUUUUCAUUUAAUAAUUCUCAUUCGAAGAAUAAGAAAUUCUUCUUCAUUAUUUCUAAUGCUUGUAAAAUCAUUUUUCAUCUAAAACUUGGAUCAUCCUAUUCUUGCAGUAUAGAAUUUAAAUUAAUAGAUACCAUUUCCUAGGGAUUGUAAACAAUGUUCAUUCCAACAGAAUAUUCCAUUUGCUAUCGUUAUUACUCCUAAUUGUAAGUGUCGUGUGCACCUAAUGCACAUAAUUGCAGUGGACGUUUAUUCAUGUUACAUAUAUAAUUUCAAUAUACCUAUACAAUUAUUAUAUACACAGUCGUAUCAUUUUUAGAAAAAUAUUUAUCAUCAGCUAAGAGAAAAUUACAAGAUCAAGAAAAUUCUAAUAAACUUCAUGCUUCAAUAGCCACUAAUGAUUUCAGCUUUGAUAAAGUUUUCUGGUUGGAUCGGUCGAGUAACAAACACAAUUUCUGUUGGCUCAAUUGCAAUGAAUAAUUAGUCGCCGAAGAAGUUGAUACAGAUGUCUGCGUUGAUUAGGAAUAUCUCGAGGAAAUUACGACUUUUCCGGGUUAACGGACUACGGGUUCCCCGAAGGACUGUGUUUUCACGUCUGAGUGCCCCCGAGACAGUUUCCCCUCCCCGUCACCCUUAGUCGGCGUUCUUUAUCCUGAAAUCUUCUGCACUCGGCGGGGUAACACCUUGCAGUUCCUUUCGUCAUGCGCCCCAGUUGCUCGUUGGCGCAGGGCACGCGCCGUGCCCCCUUCUCAGAGGGCCUAGAUCCCGCUGCAAGAUGGAUAUCUCUAAUUGUCUCAAGGCGAUUCGACCCGUGGCACGGUCGUUGGCGUUCUGCUAAUUUUCUUCCUCCACCGUUUUCACUUUCGUUAAACGCUGGCCAGUUUGUUUAUUUACUUGUUCGCUCUGCGUUCCGAUUUUAGCGGCGAGAAAAAUAUGCGAAGAGAAGGUGAAGAGACUAUGUCAGUUGUUGCA